AGGGUUGAAAGGUUAGAAUAGUUAGAAAGAAAGUCAUAAUAAAGUGAUAAAAUCAUAAAUAAACAUAAACAUAAAAAGACUACUGUAAAGUGUAAAGUAUUUUGGUAAUUGUUAAUUUACAUCAUAUUAUCCUUCCAGUUUUCAGUAUAUAUUUUUUUAUAAUACAAGAUAAACAUACUACAAUCAUGUUUAAUCAAACUGAAGUAAAACAAGAGGUAGCUGAGACAACUUGCAAAAGAGAAAUAGAAAUAAUAGAUACUCAAGUUCUACAGGAUACCUUUAAAACCGAAUUUAAGGAGGAGCCUAAGACAGAAAGUGCCUGUGAUACAUUUGAUUUUGAUUAUUUAGAUGUGAAGAAAUGCCCUAUAAAAGCUGAAAUAGAUCAAGAUGAUGGUUUUCCCCAUGGUUUUUCAUGUGAAAUUAGCUCCGAAUUAUUAUCACAAUCAUCCAUUUUCAAAGAACAUAUGGAACUAGACACUGAAGAUAAGCCUUUUGCUCGUGAAAUUUGUGCCAAAAAGUUUUCACAAAUUUCCAAUUUAAAUGAACAUAUGGGAAUACACACUAGCGAUAAUUCUUUUACAUAUGAAAGCUUUAAGAGUUUUUUACAAAGAUCCAAUUUAUCAAAAGAUAUGGGAAUACAUACUGGUGAUAAACCUUUUGCAUGUGAAAUUUGCUCCAAAACGUUUUCAUUAAAAUCCAGUUUAAAAGCGCAUGUAAGAAUACACACUGGUGAUAAACCUUUUGCAUGUGAAACUUGUUCCAAAUGUUUUUCACAAAGAUCCAGUUUAACAGACCAUAUGCGAGUACACACUGGGGAUAAACCUUUUGUAUGUGAAAUUUGUGUCAAAAAGUUUUCACAAAGAUCUACGUUAGCAGAACAUAUUAGAGUACAUACUAGGGAUAAACCUUUUGAAUGUGAAAUUUGCUCCAAGAGAUUUUCAAAUAGAUCCGGGUUAUCAGAACAUAUGAGAGUACAUACUGGCGAUAAACCUUUUGCAUGUGGCAUUUGCUCCAAGAGGUUUUCACAAAGAUCCACUUUAAAAGGCCAUAUGAGAGUACAUACUGGGGAUAAACCUUUUCCAUGUGAAAUUUGCUCCAAAACCUUUUCACUAACAUCCAAUUUAAAAAAGCAUAUGAAAAUACACACGGGUGAUAAACCUUUUGUAUGUGAAAUUUGCUCCAAAAGUUUUUCACAAAGAUGCACGUUAGAAGAACAUGUGAGAGUACAUACUAGGGAUAAACCUUUUGAAUGUGAAAUUUGCUCCAAGAGUUUUUCAAAUAGAUUCGGGUUAUCAGAACAUAUGAGAGUACAUACUGGCGAUAAACCUUUUGCAUGUGACAUUUGCUCCAAGAGGUUUUCACAAAGAUCCAAUUUAAAAGACCAUAUGAGAGUACAUACUGGGGAUAAACCUUUUCCAUGUGAAAUUUGCUCCAAAACCUUUUCACUAACAUCCAAUUUAAAAAAGCAUAUGAAAAUACACACGGGUGAUAAACCUUUUGAAUGUGAAAUUUGCUCCAAGAGUUUUUCAAAUAGAUCCGGGUUAUCAGAACAUAUGAGAGUACAUACUGGCGAUAAACCUUUUGCAUGUGACAUUUGCUCCAAGAGGUUUUCACAAAGAUCCAGGUUAAAAGACCAUAUGAGAGUACAUACUGGGGAUAAACCUUUUCCAUGUGAAAUUUGCUCCAAAACCUUUUCACUAACAUCCAAUUUAAAAAAGCAUAUGAAAAUACACACGGGUGAUAAACCUUUUGAAUGUGAAAUUUGCUCCAAGAGUUUUUCAAAUAGAUCCGGGUUAUCAGAACAUAUGAGAGUACAUACUGGCGAUAAACCUUUUGCAUGUGACAUUUGCUCCAAGAGGUUUUCACAAAGAUCCAAUUUAAAAGACCAUAUGAGAGUACAUACUGGGGAUAAACCUUUUCCAUGUGAAAUUUGCUCCAAAACCUUUUCACUAACAUCCAAUUUAAAAAAGCAUAUGAAAAUACAUACGGGUGAUAAACCUUUUGAAUGUGAAAUUUGCUCCAAGAGUUUUUCAAAUAGAUCCGGGUUAUCAGAACAUAUGAGAGUACAUACUGGCGAUAAACCUUUUGCAUGUGACAUUUGCUCCAAGAGGUUUUCACAAAGAUCCAAUUUAAAAGACCAUAUGAGAGUACAUACUGGGGAUAAACCUUUUCCAUGUGAGAUUUGCUCCAAAACGUUUUCAUUAAAAUCCAGUUUAAAAGCGCAUAUGAGAAUACACACUGGUGAUAAACCUUUUGAAUGUGAAAUUGGUUCCAAAUGUUUUUCACAAAGAUCCAGUUUAAAAGACCAUAUGCGAUUACACACUGGGGAUAAACCUUUUGUAUGUGAAAUUUGUGUCAAAAAGUUUUCACAAAGAUCUACGUUAGCAGAACAUAUUAGAGUACAUACUAUUGAUAAACCUUUUGAAUGUGAAAUUUGCUCCAAGAGUUUUUCAAAUAGAUCCGGUUUAUUAGAACAUAUGAGAAUACACACUGGUGGUGAUAAACCAUUUGUAUGUGAAAUUUGCUCCAAGAGUUUUUCACAAAGAUGCACGUUAGAAGAACAUGUGAGAGUACAUACUGACGAUAAACUUUUUGCAUGUGAAAUUUGCUUCAAAAGAUUUUCACAAAGAUGCGGGUUAGCAAAACAUAUGAGAGUACAUACGGGGUCCUGAUUCUAAUUCAAACUUUGACUCAAAACAGGUCGAAAUCAAUAUGGCGACGUUGAAAUGCGACUUUGCGAUCCUUGUGGAUUUCAGUUGAACUAACUAAAGGACGUCAUUAAAUUUCGAUAGGUUGCAAUUACUUUAGACUCCAAAAAAGUGGUUGAAAUUAUAAUUUCGAGUCGAAAUUAUUGUAACACGGACAUGAAUGGGCGAAUGGCCGGAAGUGAGGUUAGGUUUAGUUUAGGAGAUGUGUUUUAUUUGUUUCUUGCAAGGAAAACUUAAGCAAAAGGUAUUAAUAUGGCUGGGUUUUAUGGAAGUUUGCUGGUUUUGGAGGAAUUAGAGAGAAUAGUGUUAAAUUAGAAAUGUAAUAAUUGUGAAUGUCCACAACGUGAAUUAUCAUCACAAUGAAAGAUGUAACGUAAUAAUCUAGGAAAAUCAGUAAAAAAACAAGGAAAACUUAUUUACCAGCUAUUUUAUUGCUGGACAUGCUGGAAUCAAAUUUUAGGAUUGCAUAUUAUAUUAGUAAUAUAGCUAUACAAAGUCCGCAGAAAGUGUGCUAUUUUGUUUAUAAACAAAUUAGCGCUACGAAAUCUUUUUUCCCAAUUAUUGCUCUGUAACUCAGAAUAUUUUAACUUAAAAAAAAAACACUCUCAUAAAAAUCCGCUGAAAAUGAUAAAGUAAAUAUCACCAGUUGUAACUAAUAUCCAAAUGAAUGAGAAUCGCUAUGGAUUGCGACUGUCAUAGCGAAGUCGCUAUUAAAUUUCGACCUCGAAAUGAAUUGCUGAGUAAAAAUAAUGUGUCUUCACAUUGAGAACGGUGAGAGUCAACUAGAGUUGUCGAUAUUUAAACGGUUUUAACCGAUGUAUUUUUGGUGGUUAUCAUGUAAAGCUUGCAAGAACACUGAUGAUGCUCUUUUCAGAGAGCGAAAACAUAUUGUAUUUGUAGUCCUUUUUAGUUUUUUUAAAUCUCAGCUGUCCACGUUUUUUUCUUUUAACAGUUCUAUGAGUUUCUGAUGUACUCUAUUAAAAGCUUUUUGAUAUAUAAAGCAGACAUAGAGAUCCUGGUUCAUAUCUAGUUGUCUUUGCGCGAGAACGUUAAAAGCGAACAGAGCCUCUCUCAUUCCUAGUCCUCCUCUGAAUCCAAACUGUAAUUACUGUAAAUUUAAACGAAAUUAUUUUUCCAAAAAAUGAGUAGACCUUAAAAUGUCUAUAUAGGGUGAGGCAGAUAACUGGCCUAUUAGAAAUAUCUCGAGAACUAAAGGCAACAUAAUCAUGAAAAUUGGCAUAAAGGGGUUUUGAGGGAUGAUCUAUUAAAUGAAAAUAUUUUUAUCUCUUUGCAACUUCCGGUCAUACCGGAAGUUGCUUGUAACUUGGUUUUUUUAAAUGGGACACCCUGUAUAUUUUUACAUUUUUGGAUUCUCCUCAAUAUCUUCUUUCUUAAAAUAUGAGAUUUUGUAAUAUUAUACAGGGUAUUUUGAAUGAUAUUUACGUUUUUUUAUUAAUUUCGUAGCAACAUUCACACCCUGUAGAAUUGUAAUAGUUUGACAUUAAAAACUCUGCUAACGUUCAAGUGAUUUUUAAUAUAGUCUAUUAUUGUUAAGAAUUAUUCGUAUAGCUAAUUUUGAAAUAUUAGUAUACAAUGUUGGUCGAAACUCGGAAUGAAUAUUUUCUGAGUUUUCUUAAAUAGAACACCCUGUAUUUUAGUAUUGUAAUGAAAUGAUAUUUCAUAGUACUUUUUAUUUUAUAAAUAUUCCCUAUACCUAACUGCUUUAAUUUGUGAGUUAUUGGUGAUUCAAGCUAAACAUUAAUUGCAACAAAAAAUACGUAAAAUUUUAUUAGGUUGGCCAUGAAAAUAUUCAAUCACAAACAAUUUUUCAGAAAGAAAUACAUAUUAAUCCAGACCGAUCCUUAAAAUUACUAACAAUGGUUUAGCUAUCAAAAUAGCUACGUAGUUAAGAUUGUUGAUGCGACUAACAAUUAAGCACAAAUUAAAGCAGUUAGGUAUAGGGAAUGCUUAAGAAAUAAAAAAGUACCAUAAAAUAUCAUUUCAUUACAAUACUAAUAUACAGGGUGUUCCAUUUAAGAAA